UAUUCAUUACAUAUAUUCUUUUAUAAAAACCUUAACUCCCUAUUAUUUUGUAUUUCAUUUUUAUUACAUAUGUAAUUAUAAUCAUGAACGUAUUUUGCAAGAAGAAAAUCGACAUAACAUUAAUUAAAAAAAGUAAAUGCAUACUGUUAAUUAACUUUUUUCCUCAACUUUCUGAUUAAAAGGUUCUUAAAAGUGGGAGUGCCAAGACACACCCUUAUUAUUAGAUUUCGUAUUGAACAUUGGAAGUGCGAAAAUUCAGUUGUAAGCUUUAACCGGUAAGUGAAACACUGUGAUAUAAUACGCAGAUAAAAAAAAUUAUCUGUAUAUCAUUAUUAUUAUUAAUUAAAAUGGGAAAUAAAAUAGCUACAUUUACCGAAGAACAACUAGAAGAUUAUCAAGAUUGCACCUUCUUUACUCGUAAAGAAAUCUUAAGAAUAUUUAAACGGUUUCGGGAUAUGGGGAAUCCUGGGACAGUUCCACGAUCCAUGACACCUCAACAAGCAUCGACACUUCGUAUACCACUAUCUUGUUUAACACGCAUACCAGAAUUAAAGGAAAAUCCGUUUAGACAACGAAUUUCAGAGGUAUUUACGAAUUGCAAAAAUUCAAACCAAUCAACACACGAUGGAUCAAACGAAGGAAUUUGUUUUGAGGAAUUCCUUGACAUGAUGUCAGUUUUUUCGGAACAAGCACCACGGGAUUUGAAAGUCUUUUAUGCCUUUAAGAUUUAUGAUUUUGACGAAGAUGGAGUAUUGGGGAUGAGCGAUUUAGAAUGUACAUGUCGACAAUUGGUUCAAGAUGGUUUGAAUACCGAUGAAGUGGCUACUGUAUGUCGAAAAAUUUUGGAGGAAAGCGACAUUGAUGGUGAUGGUGUUUUAUCUUACCUAGAAUUCGAACAUGUCGUAACAAGGGCCUCAGAUUUCAUGGCGAAUUUUCAUAUAAGAAUUUAAUUCUUAUUGCUUUCGAAAAUAAAAAAUAAAAUUUACUGCCA